CGGGCCCGGUUUCGAUCGAGCCAAAGUUCUCCGAAUCGCAUCAGAGAAGAUUAGAGGAAGGGCAGAAGCUAUGGAGAAGGGGAAAGGCCUGGCGCGGCGAUGGGCGAUCGAGUUCGCGGAUAGUUCUUCUUCCUCGCCGUCCGACAUCUCAGAUCCCAUCGGCUUCAGCCGAUCUUCUUCGGAUCCUGAUGACGCCAAUGCUAGCCGGCAAAAGAAGGACGCCGAAGCGGCCUGGAAGACGCAGAAAGCUUGGGAAGUGGCUCAAGCCCCAUUCAAAAACUUGUUAAUGAUGGGGUUCAUGAUGUGGAUGGCUGGAAGCACGGUUCAUUUAUUCAGUAUCGGUAUUACCUUCUCAGCCCUUUGGCAACCAAUAAGUGCUCUUCAAGGAGUUGGAAAAGUUUUUGAACCUUACAAGGACUCCAGAGUCGAUACUCUUGCACCUAAGUUGCUUUUUAUUGCCCUUAACUUGGCCGCGUUGGCACUGGGUGUCUGGAAGCUGAAUUCGUUGGGCCUUCUCCCAACACACCCAUCGGAUUGGGUCUCUUCACUGCCACCUCCUCCGGAAGUCGAAUACUCUAGUGGGGGGCUUUCCCUGCACUGAUGUGUGCUCUUCGGCAUUAUUGAUGCUUGUGCUAAUGGGUCCGUGGAACUCUUUGGGAUAGUGAAGCAUCAGCCAAAAAUUUGAUCUAGUCUUGUAAUUUCAUACAGAUAAACUCCCUCUGGACUUUGCGUUAGUGUUUGAUGAAAUCAGCAACCUUCUUUCUGAUACUCGAAUGCCUUAAGUUAUUUAAAUAAAAUAAAAUAAAAUCCAGCAUUUUCCUA